AUGCGCGUGGGAGCCCAGCCACCCAGGGCGCCGGGCUCGGCCUUCCUGCUCCUGGGGCUCGCGCUGGGCGCUGCGGCCCAGCUCAACUGUGUUGGGGACACCUACCCCAGUGGCAGCAGGUGCUGUAAGGAGUGCCAGCCAGGUUAUGGGAUGGAGAGCCGCUGCAACCACGCCCGGGACACGGUGUGCCGUCCGUGUGAGCCCGGCUUCUACAACGAGGCAGUCAACUACGAGGCCUGCAAGCCCUGCACACAGUGCAACCAGAGAAGUGGGAGCGAGCCCAAGCAGAGAUGCACACCCACGAGAGACACGGUCUGCGGCUGCAGGCCGGGCACCCAGCCCCAGGACGGCUAUGGCUACAAGCGUGGAGUUGACUGUGCCCCGUGCCCACCAGGACACUUCUCCCCGGGCAACGACCAGGCCUGCCAGCCCUGGACCAACUGCACCUCAUUAGGAAAGCGAACACUGCAGGCGGCCAGCAACAGCUCGGACGCUGUCUGUGAGGACAGGAGCCCCCGACUCACACCCGCCUGGGAGACCCAGGGCCCCGCAGCCCGGUCCACCCCUGCUCAGCCCACCACUACCUGGCCGAGGGCCUCACAGGGGCCCUCCACGCCCCACGCAGAGCCCCCCAAGGGCCCUGAGCUGGCCGCUGUCCUGGGCCUGGGCCUGGGCCUGGGCCUGCUUGGCCCCGUGGCUGCCGCGCUGGCCUUGCUCCUGCACCACAGGGCCUGGAGGCCGACGCCCAACGCCCCCAAGCCCCCCGGGGCAAACAGCUUCCGGACCCCCAUCCAAGAGGAGCAUGCCGAUGCCAACUCCAGCCUGGCCAAGAUCUGA